CACCGCUUUGUUCAACAGUAGGGGAGGGCAGACGGGCACAGUUGCUUUGCCUGCUGGAAGCGUUAAAUACAAUCUAUUGGGGCUGACUAUCCUGUCUUAUCUUCGUCCAGCUGUGUUACAACGUACCUUAUAAACAUUUUUCUUUCGUGGACUCUGGGGAUUUCUAUCAAGGGAUGUCAAAGCGAGUGCGAAGCAGAGAGGUCUGCGCUGAUUGCAGUGCUCCGGAGCCACGCUGGGCCUCUGUGAACAGGGGUGUGUUGAUUUGCGAUGAGUGCUGCAGCAUCCAUCGAGGUCUGGGGCGACACAGCUCUCAAGUACGACAUCUGACUCAUUCUCCGUGGCCACCCUCCCAGUUACAGAUGGUCCAGACACUGUAUGGCAAUGGAGCUAAUUCCAUAUGGGAGCACAGCCUUUUGGACCCUUCCUCCUCAGUGAGUGGGAAGCGCAAAGCAAACCCCCAGGACAGAGUUCACCCCAACAAGACAGAGUUCAUCAAGGCCAAAUAUCAAAUGUUGGCCUAUGUCCAUCGGAUGCCUUGUCGGGAGGAUGACAGUGUAACCGCAAAAGACCUCAGCAAGCAACUCCAUUCCAGUGUUCGGACGGGAAACCUGGAGACCUGCCUCAGACUCUUAUCUUUGGGAGCACAGGCCAAUUUCUUCCAUCCAGAGAAGGGAAACACCCCACUACACAUAGCAGCAAAAGCAGGUCAGAUGUUACAAGCAGAACUGCUGGCAGUUUAUGGAGCUGAUCCCGGGGCUCUGGACUCCAGUGGAAAGACCCCUAUUGAUUAUGCAAGACAAGCCGGGCACCAGGAGCUGGCAGAAAGGCUAGUGGAGAUCCAAUAUGAACUCACUGAUCGGUUAACAUUUUACCUUUGUGGUAGAAGACCAGAUCACAGAAAUGGGCAACACUUCAUCAUUCCACAGAUGGCUGACAGCAGUCUGGAUCUGUCAGAGUUUGCAAAAGCUGCAAAGAAGAAGCUGCAGUCGCUAAGUAACCAUCAGUUUGAAGAACUUGCCAUGGAUGUUUAUGAUGAAGUUGACAGAAGAGAAACAGAUGCUGUGUGGUUGGCCACUCAGAACCACAGCACACUUGUAACCGACACCACAGUUGUACCUUUUCUGCCUGUCAAUCCAGAGUACUCGUCUACCAGAAACCAGGGUCGUCAAAAAUUAGCAAGGUUUAGUGCUCAUGAAUUUGCUACCUUGGUGAUCGAUAUUCUAACUGAUGCGAAACGACGGCAGUGGGGUAAUUCCUGCGACAGUCCCAAAGAGAAUGUGGAGCUGAUCCUUCAGGGAAUAGACAGUCGCCAUAACAGUGAGAGCCAGGACAAUGACCAGCCAGAUUAUGACAGUGUGGCAUCAGAUGAAGAUCCAGUCCAGGAGGCCACUUGUGGGGACAGCUGCAAUGAUGGAAGGACCAAGAGCUCAGAGUCGUCUGACCUCUCUGAUGGACCAAUCACAGUGCAGGAGUAUAUGGAGGUGAAGAGUGCCCUCACUGCAUCAGAGGCCAAAAUACAACAGCUUCUCAAAGUCAACUGUCACCUGAGUGAAGAGCUGCGAGUGAUGCAGAGCAAGCUGAACUCCCUGCAGACUGAAAACACAUCUCUGCGAUGGCAGACCCCCAGCGGACAGCAACACCUCCAGGGGCCCUUUGGUAGACACCCACCACGCGGGGGUCGUGCCAUGUCCAUGUAUGAGACAGGCUCUACUCCGAGGCAGUACCCCCACCGAGCCGAGACAGCCCGGCAUGAGGACGGAGUCAUUUUACAACCCUUCCCAACCAAUAUUGGGAGGGGUCCUUUGGGGACGGCUGCUUCCUCCCUCCCUACCUUCCCCUCUUCCCUGUCCUGGUCGUGGGACGAGAGAUCUCGAAGGGGCUGUAGUUUGGAAGGACGGAGCACCAUGUUGGAAAAUGAUUGCGACACUACGCCUAACCACUCUGAACUGGAGGAGACUGGCAGCCCUCUUCCAUCCUCUGAUGGUGUGGAACCAGAGGAGGGUGAGGAAGAUGCCACGCUGCCAUGCACAGAGGACGUCAUCUGCAAGACGGAGCAGAUCACUAAGAACAUACAAGAGCUUCUGAGAGCUGCCCAGGAGACCAAACAUGAAAGCUUUCUGCCUUGCUCUGAAAAGAUCUGCAUGGCUGUGACAGAGAUGGCCGCCCUGUUUCCCAAGAGGCCAUCCUCAGAGACUGUGCGAGGGUCUCUGUGUCUGCUCACGUCGAGUGCCAGCCGACUGCAUGGAGAGUGCCAGAAGGCUGCGGAUCACAACCCCUGCCCAUCAGACAUCCAGCUGGUAACUCAGCAGGUCAUCCAGUGCGCCUAUGACAUUGCCAAAGCUGCCAAGCAACUUGUCACUGUGACAACCAAAGAAAAUAACAACUAACUAAAACCCAAAGACAUUUCUGAUACACCCAAAAUACAGUUUAUCAACGAUGUUGCUAAUUAAUCAUUUAACACCAUGUUUUGUUUUCCCAUAUUAAUCAGUGUAACCAUUUACAUACAUUCCUUGAGAUGGGAAAAUCUGAAAAAAAGAUAUACCAUGCAAAAUUAUAGAUCAUUCAAAAGCUUUAUUUAUUUAGUUGUUUUGUGCCAUGGUAUCAUGGAGUAAACAAACAUCUUAAAAGAUAUAGGACAAAAUUAGUUACAAUUCUCAGAUCAGAUUAAUCCACACAAUUUCCAAAAGUGCAAUGUUGUGUGUGUGUGUAUAUAUAAAACAAUCAGAACAACAAGCAGUUGAGCUUUCUACAUUGUACUUUUGUUCUUAGUACUUUAGUGGACACCAGAGGUCAUCGAUUGUGCUCCUUGAGUCUUGUUUCUGUCAUGGCUGAGCUGCCAGAAAGGACCAAUUGUCUACAAGACACCGGCCAUCAAGGAUCAGAAUAUAUGAACCUUAAUCUAAUCCAGUGACAUUGGUUUAUUUUACUUAAGCCAUUUUAAAUGUUUGUUUGUUUGUUUGUUUUUUGUAAGAUCCAAUGAUAGUAUUUUAAUCUUGAAUCAUCGUGAUGCCACUUGCUUAGAGUUCAAAUGUUUGUUUCGUAAGCAAACUGUGAUUAGAAAAAAACAGCUUCAGUGCAUUGAGCACCAUGCAAGGCCAGCAUUACCAAGAGUGUGCAAACUUUCAUUCCAUCCAGUCCCUCCGUGCUGGUUAAAGAUGUGUUUAUAAGCAAGGAGGUUUCAGUAGUUUUUGGAGUUCUGUUACAGCCAUACUUCUGAUGUGUGUGUGUGUGUGUGCGUGCGUGUCUGUGUGUGUGUGUGUGUGUGUGUGUGUGUGUGGGCACGCAGUUGACAAAGAGAUGGCCUCGAUGGUCCGUGUGAAAUCCAUUUUGAAUCAAUUUUAAUAGCAUUAUGCAAAUAUAUAAGAUGUAUGUAUCCAUGUAAUUCUUUAUCAAAAUAAUCCAAAUGCUAUUCUAUUUAUAAACUGUAUGUCAUACCUCUAAGAAAAUAUCAAUGUUUAUUUUCAUAAGCUUUUGUUUAACAUGAUGCUCCUCACAGGCUAACUUUUGUUCUGAGGUUUGGGACGUCUCAGCUGGCAGUUAGUUAUAGGCAACUUGUGAUCACUGUUUAUUUGAUGUGGUGCUGUAACUCCGGUGUGUUAGAUGCUGCCUCUGGUCAAAUGCGUACAGCUAUGGUUUACAAUCAAUGAUAAAGUAAAUGUGCCCUCAAAGUUAGAGUACCUGUUGUAGAACCUGGGUCUAAUGUGUCACUCAUUGUUGUGAGCCAGAGGUUUGAGCCAGCGGUGGAAAGAGAACUAGAAUACCACACACAGGUGGAGUACAGAUAAGUCAGUAUUAGCCAAGUAGGAGUAAGAUUACCUUUGUUCAUUCAAAAGUAAAAAGUACCUCUUUUAAAAACUUGUUACUUUAAUUUACUUAGUUACAUCUGGUCAACAUUAAAGAACCCAGUGCAGCAUCCUGACUAACCUUUUCAAUAUGAAUAUUCAGCACCAUCCCUUAAGCAGUCCUUCUCAACUUCAGUAAUGCUUUCCAAAGGGGAGAACAUCUUUUCUUUAUAAGAAAGCUUUAUCAGAAGGCUGCGCAUGGGAGGAAAAGAGGGUCAAAGCUUCUUCAGUACACAUUAUUAUUUUAUUAAUGUCUACUGCUAAUUUAAAAAGUUUUAAGUCAUCCUUUUUAAAAAAAAAAAAAAAAACAACAAAUCUUUACUCAAGGUCCACUUAUUAUAUUUUUCGUGAACUUUUAGCUGCAUCCCAGUUUAGGAGUUUGUUACGCAGAUCAUUUUCUCAAAUUUUCUUUCUUUUUUUUUUUAAAUAUUGUUUCUUUGUUAGAAAUUAAAAAUGUAUUGUAUUUUUGUAUUUUCUUGUAUGGUGGUCUGAUGAGAGAACUAGUCAUGCAAAUUUUUUUUUAACCACCAGUUACUUUCAUUUUUCUUGUUUCAGUGAUGCAUUCAAUGUUAUUUUCAUUUUAAUUGGCUUUAAAUAAAAAAAAGUCAUAGGUUUUAAAGCAAGACCAUGUAACUUCACCUGAACAACAGCCACUGUGGCCAUAACUGAAACUACAACGGUAAAUGCUAAAGUGUAGUGCAAGAACAGACCCCACCACAUUUAUAAAGCAACAGCUAUCUGAAGUUUGGCAACAUUAGCUACCAUAAGUGGUGGUACUAGUGGUCACACCAGACUGAUUACAGCAAUUUUAGCAAACCCACUCAGUGUAAUGAAUUCAGCUAUGGUUCAUUUUAUUGCUUAUGAAUUAAAAAUUCCAAUUGCAAGAGGGUGAAUGUGUUAAUUCCUCUUUCCAAAGUUGGAUUGUCUUGCUUUAAAUCUGAGUUCAUUUCAAAAUAAAUAUCCUGAUUGGGCCAUGAGGACAUUGACUAAUACUUUUCCAAACAUAGUUAAGUUAUUCAUCUACAGAGAAAGUUAAGAAUAACGUUUUUUAGACUGUGGGCUACUUGGACAAUUAAGUGCAUGUAUUCAGUUACUUUCCACCCCUGGUUUCAGCCCUGACAUGUAAUUCCCUGUAACUUAUAGCCUACCACUGCCUCUGUGGUUGAAAACAAUCCCUGCCUUAGGUAUAAUAAAGUAUAAUUCAUACCUCAAACGAG